CGCCCUCCGUCCCCCCCGUCCUCCUCCGUUGCCGCCUGGCCUCUCCCUCCCUCCUCUCCUCCCGAGGCUGCUGUGACCUCACCCUCCACCCGCAUCCCAUCAGCGCGUCCGUCCACCUCGGCCGCCGGGGCCCCCCACCCCUCUGCUUUGCUUCCUUCGUGGACGACGGCCAGUGCUCCGCUCCUGCCUCCUCCCUAUAUAAGGCGCGAGACUGCGGGGCCUGUGCGAGGUUGAGGAAAGGGUAGAUAUAUAUACUCGCUCUGUGAGGAAGAAGAAGAUCCAAGGAGGGCGUCGUCGAUCGAUCGUCUGCGCACGCCGGCCGUGCCGAUCGGUCGCUGGCCAGCCAUGGCCGUCGAGGCGCACCACCUGCUCCACGCGGGGGGAGGGCGCGCGGGAGGGCAGAGGCAGCUGCUGCUGCCGCCCCACGCGGGGUGGGUCUGGGCGGGCGACGCCGCGUGCUGCGAGGCGCCGGCGAGCGCGGCACGGCUGGGGCUGCGGAGACCCGCGGCCAAGCAGCAGCAGCAGCAGCAGCACUACAGGUUCCAGCAGCCGUGCGUGGCCACCCCGCCCCCGCCGGGGCGGCACGCGCCCGGGCCGCAGCUGUGCGCGGCCGACGCGUCGGAGAGCGGCGUCACGUUCGGCGGAGGUGGGGGCGGCGCGCAGCAGGAGGCGCUGGCGCUGGCGCACAGUAAGCGGAAGCGCGCCGACGAGGGGCAGGCGGCGCCGGCGCUCGGGCUCGCCGCGGCCGGCGUGGCGGCGCACUUCCAGCAGCAGCUGGCCGACGUCAACCGCCUCGUGCUCCAACACACCUCGAGGAUGUGGGCGGAGCUGCGGGAGCAGCGCCGGCGGCACGCCGGGCAGGUGGCGGCCGCCGUGGAGGCCGCGGCGACGAAGCGGCUGCGCGCCAAGGACGAGGAGAUCGAGCGGAUCGGCCGCCUCAACUGGGCGCUGGAGGAGCGGGUCAGGAGCCUCUACGUGGAGGCGCAGGUGUGGCGCGACCUGGCGCAGUCCAACGAGGCCGCCGCCAACGCGCUCCGCGGCGAGCUGCAGCAGGCGCUCGACGCCCAGCAGGCGCGCUGCGGCGUCCUCGCCGACGGCGGCGCCGGCGACGCCGAGUCAUGCUGCUGCGGGGAGAACGCCGUCGCGGUCGCCGGUGGCGCCGGGGCCGGCAACGAGGGGGAGGACGAGGCGGCAGGGACGCCGAGGAGGAAUAUGUGCACGGUGUGCGGCGAGGGCGCGGCCGAGGUGCUGCUGCUGCCGUGCCGGCACCUGUGCGCGUGCGCGCCGUGCGCGGGCGCGGCGCUGGCGUGCCCGGCGUGCGGGUGCGCCAAGAACGGCAGCGUCUGCGUCAACUUUUCGUGAUCCUCCGUGUGAAAUGAAAGCAAAUAGUAUUAGAGUAGGUUCUGCUCUCCUCUGUUUUUUUUUUGGGUGUUUUGUUGAUGGGACGGUGAUAGGUGCGACGGUAGCGAUGUCGAUAUGAGAGGGGUGCGUCUUUUUAGCUUUUUUCUCAAGCGGUUGGAUGGAUCUAUAUUGAUCAACAAGAAAAAGAAAAGAAGAGACAAGAAAAUCAGAAACCUUGCAUA